AUGGAUCAUUGGGAAUGUGUCAAGGAGUUUAAGGAGAAGGGUCAUGCAGAUGCAGUGCCACAUAUUGUGUGUUUCGAAAUUGAUCACAUAUAUACCAAGUAUGAGCCCGAAGCCGACUCAGAGGCAAAGGCGGAGAAGGCAUGCAACUUCAAGAAAAACGCAAACAAGCAUAGCGAAUCACAUAGAUAUAAGCCCCUAUACGCCAGUGCGCAAAUAGAUAAGAACUCGCUCAAACCCCUGAAGCAAAUUUCAACGGCGUCGAGAAUAUCUUUGAAGAGCAAGGGCAAGACUCUGGCAAAGCCCUCCAAGGGCUCGGAGGAGCGCUCGGUGGCUCAAUCCUUCAAGGAGUGGAGCACGUGGGCCCUGAAGAAGGCCAAGGUCGUCACCCACUACGGCUUCAUUCCCCUGGUCAUCAUCAUCGACAUGAACUCGGAACCCAAGCUGCAACUUUCCCAACUUCUCAGCCCCGUCUGAUUCGAUCCGGUUCUGAUCAUCCAAUUUCCAUGAUGGGUUUUUGGUAUUGUCUCUAAUGGGUUUUGUUCUAUAAAAUUUGGGGUUCUGCUUCGUCGCUGCACCCAUCCACCGUGAGACAACGAUGUCGUUCAAGAACCAUGAAGGUUGAGAGAGAGAAAGGGAAGUUCGGCCCGUCCACCACGUGGCUGACGUCGCCUAGACGUCAGCCUUGCAUCACAUGCCCUUCAGGCUCUCAGGCUGGCAACUCCUGUCGGGCCUCUCCCUCUGGCUCGCUCGGACUCCAUUGCCAGUACACGCUGAACCAAGUUGCUCGGGCUUUCUGGCCCUGUUUGAGAGCCAGUCCACCAAGGCUAUUGCCCACGGUGGAACUGCUCUAAAAAGUUGAGAGGGCGUACGUGCCCCUGCCCGAAAUCAGAUUAGCCACCAGGUAAGAUGUAGUUUGAGCCAGCUAUUUGUCAUGCAACUAUAGGCUCCCUUAGAUUCCACGUGGAAGGAGACCCUAAUCAUCAUAUCCAUAUCCUGUUAAAAAAAUCUUCAUGCGUGGCCACAAAGUGGACCCCACAUUCUCAUUUCAGCCAACAGCAUCACAGGUAGAGAUUUGUGGAUACAACCCUAAAGAUAAAAAGAUAAGGUCCAAGACUUCCCAUUGGCUCAUCUCAAACCAUAAGCAAAUCUCCAUCGUUGGAUCACAAAAAUCUUGCAAACCAACGGUCAAAUUCCAUCAAAGAACAACCUCCACAAGACCCGCAUUGACAAGUUGGCAUCAAAUAUACAAAGCCAUGGACUCACAUUACACAAUUUACGUUUUCAUUUAGCUCCAUACCUUAUAUUCCUCUACACCACUAACCCCCCAUCCCUACCUGAAAAUCCGACCAUAAUUCAGGUGGG